AGGAAGUGAGGAGCCUGUUCAGGCAGAUAAAAACGAGGACACACAGACACUUCACUGCAGACGCUCUAGUCUGGUGAGGACGAAGAUGAAGCUGUUUUUUGUUCCCAUGGUGAUGGCACUGGUUGUUACAACUACUGGAUUCACAACAACAAGAGGACCUUACGGACGAAAUUUAAUUGGGAAAAUGUUCACUUUGUCUCGUAAAAAUGGAGGAAUAUCCUUCUAUUCCCCUUAUCUUUCUCUUACUUCUACCUCCUGGCUUUACACCUCUGCCUACCCAGCCCGAACAUACAAAACCACCACUGCCACCACCACCUUUUCCCGAACCAGUACAACCAGGCCUACCACCACCCCCACAACCCAAAGAUACAAAACCACCACUGCCAGCACCACCCCCACCUUUUCCCGUACCAGUACAACCAGGCCUACCACCCGCCCCACAACCCGAUCAACAACCUACCCUCCCUGGACCACCUACCCCCAGUGGACCACAGUACUUCCUACUAGAGGUGUGUCCGUGUGUCUGCGAUACCUUACCGACUACGUGCAAGAUUCAACCUCUGUAAUCUUCACACUCAGUCCAACUACAACGCCUCUAAGGCUGAUGAGCAGAUCAGGUGUUUUGUAUGGACUGUCUUUUAAUUCCUACAGCUACCCCAACCUGUUCCUUCAACCCAACAUAAGGCUCUGUCCUAACAUUGGAAUGGACAUCUGGACCAGACUCUGUCUCACUGUGGACACUGCGAAGAAUGUGGCCCAGGUGUUUAGCGGCUCAAACAUGAGUGUCAGGAAGAUACUGCCUUUUUCGUAUGUCUGGUCAGGUCAGCCAUUGAUUGAUUUCUCAGGUUUUGAUGGACAGGUGACAGACGUCCAGAUAUGGGAUUAUCCUCUCAGCUACAGACAAAUCUACAACUACAUGGUCACCGUCUACGGGCCACGUCGUGGCUCCGUCCUCACCUGGUCCUCCAUCAGCUACUCUCCCAGAGGAAACGUCAUAAUGGAGGACGUCUAUGAGCAGCAGGCAAAACAGUCAAUCAAAAGCGGCAGGAGGGGGAGAGGGCGUCAACUAAAAGGAAAGAAGAAGACCAGAAAGUUUUGGAAUCCCAUGGAAAAGAAAGCGAGAAACAGACAGCUGGUUUACUGAAACAUACAGCGGCUUAUGUGCAAAAUGCUUUGUCCUCUGUUCUUCAUUUAAUAAGACAAAACUAGCAACAUUCAAUUAUUAACAGUAGAUGAAGUGUAAACUGAUUUACGUGACUGUGAUGAUUUUUAAUUAGGAAACUGAAGGGGUUUGGGCUCAGUCUGUCAGCCUGAUAGAGCCUGUCUGUUAUAGAGUAUAAUCAGAAACAGGCUGAUCAGGAUUGUUACGACAGUAGGACACAAACAAAAAUGGUCUCCAUACCAGGAACACAUGAACCAUUUCCUCCAUCCUGGGUUUCUAUGGAAUAUCCUCUGGCUUCUUUAACGCCAAAUGCAUGGAUGGAUGAUUGAUCAACAAAUUACAGUAAACUUAAAUAUGAUUUACAGCCUAUCUCAGUAACAGAAUUAGUUUUUCUGAACAUCUUUGACUUUUGUCGCUUUCUUUUUACUUCAUUUUGUAUGCUAUUAAAAAAACAAAACAAUAAAUGUCUCACAAAAUA